GUCGGGGUCAGUCAACAGGCCUAAAACGAGUCUUGUAUAUAUGGAAACAUGUCAAUCUCUAAUCUCUUUAAUAUAUCAAUUUUAGUUAAUUUCUUAACAAUGUAAUUCAUUCACCAAGAUUAGAUCAGAGGCUUCUUGGCAGGUAGUACCCUCAUAAUUUGGGUGAUAAGCAAGGAAAUAUAUAGGCCAGGAGUGCAAGGAAGUGUUGUGUUUGUUGAACUAAAGAGAGAUCUCCCAAACACUAACAAAUCCCGGCCUACCAAUCACCACUAUACCUUCCCCACCAAACACACCACUCCAAACUGAUCAUCAUCUCCCCCACCCACAAAGCCGGCUUCCAUAUAUGGCUGCCACCCAAACCAUAAUAGCCAUAGACGAUCAAGACUUCAGCUUUCCGACCACCUUAGAAUCUCCCCCGCCGCCACUCUUUCUUGAUUUGCCGCCAGCUUGGUGGAGGUCCACGGCGGCAACCUCUAACAGCGAAAACCCGAUGAAAAAUGGAGAACAAGAAGAGGAAAAUGACCGAAAAGGUUUCUCUUUGUCCAAGAAGGAGGUCAGUAAAAUUGCCCAAAGAAGGAGCUUUUCUUGCAUAGAAGGGAGAACAAAGAGGAGGGAGUAUGGUGAUGAAGAGGAGAAGAUGGAUAUGUUGUGGGAAGAUUUCAAUGAUGAUUAUUACAAGAGAAGUUGUAGGGAAUUUUCAACACUUGGGAAGUUGGAAUUUGAAUGCCUCCAAUCCUUGAAGUUGUCUUCUAAUAAACCAAUCAAGAGGCCAGCAGGAAUGGUAUUUGUCAUGAAAGUCUUGAUUAAGAAGGUUUUCUUGCUUCAUAAUUCUGACAAUCCAUCACUCAAGAAAUUAAACCCUCAUAAUUAAUAAUCAUCUUGUUCAAUCCUUUUGUUUGAUUUUGACUGUCUAUAAUAUUCACACAUAUAUAGAUCAUCAAUUUUCAGGGCCAUAAUGUCACCCUCCAAAUCAAACACUACCUGAUUUUCGGAAUUUGUCAGUUGUGAUAUACUCUGUAUGUUGUAUUAAUGAUUGUGUUCUAGCAAAUCCGCC